AUGUCUGACUGGACUAACGAAGAURCAAUUGCAUUUAUGGAGCUUUAUCAAACUAAACCUAUUUUAUGGGAUCCAAAGCAUCGUUGGCAUAAAGAUAAGGCCAAAUGUAAUUUAUGCAACCAAAUCAUAAAAACCAGUGGAAAUACGUCAAAUCUUAAAGCACAUCUCGAAAAGCAUACCAAGAAGAACGUGGAUGAAACCGAAGGCACAACCAAGAAAAAACAGGUUGCGAUUUCAAGCUUUGUGUCUUGUAGCCAAAAUAGUAGCCAGGUCCAGGAAUACGGAAAACGAAAAAAAUCUAGUUUGGACAAUGUGGUUGAUGAUCCAGACGAUCCAGAUGAGAUUUGUAGCGUCACAAGUGAUACACAUGGACAUGGUGUUGUUGCUGAACCGUCAAGCAUAUGUAUUCCUAAACAACAAAAUAUUGACAAAAUGUUUGGCCAGAUAUCAUCAAUAGCUGUUGGCGGUUCCCAAUAUCACCGUAUAAAUGAAUCAAUUGCUUAUUAUAUCUGUAAAGAUAAUAAGCCAUUUUCUACUGUUGAGGGAAAGGGAUUUCUUCAUAUGAUGAAACAAGUAUGUCCAUUAUACAAAGUUCCCUCAAGAAAUACAAUGAAAAAUAUUAUAGACCAAAAGUAUUCCAUUGUUGAAACGCGAUUUCGUUUAGCAUUGCAAGAUAUUAAUUAUUUUUCACUGACAACUGAUAUUUGGACUGAUACCCAACAGAUGAAGAGUUUUCUUGGUUUAACUAUACAUUUUUUGGAAAACCAAUCUUUACAAUCUGGUACUUUUGGAGUCAUUGAACUUAAUCAAUCACACACUGCCGAGUACAUAUCCAGAGAAAUAUCAAAUUGUUUAAAUAGAUGGAGUGUUGACAAAUCAAAAAUUGUAGGAAUUACUAGCGAUAAUGGGGCAAACAUGGUGAAAGCAGCUAAAGAAUUAUUUGGUGUUGAAAAACACAUUCCAUGUUUUGCACACACAAUCAAUCUUGUGGUUGAAAACAUAAUAAAAAACACUGAUUCGUUAUUAAAUCUCUUAUCAAAAGUGCGAGAAGUUGUAAAAUAUUUUAAACGCAGUACACAUGCUAGUGAUCAGCUUAGGAAAAGGCAAAUUGACGAAGGAAAAAAAGAAGGGAAUUGCAAAAAACUAAUUUUAGACGUCAGCACGCGUUGGAACAGUGUAUAUUACAUGGUGCAACGGUUUCUAGAAUUGUCUUCAAUAAUAUCUGAUAUAUUACUACAUCGUCCAUCUGCACCUUCAAUGCCUUCCGCCAUCAACCUUCAAGAACUUCAAGGUGUCCUAGUAGUACUGCGACCAUUUGAAAACGUUACUUUAGAGAUGUCAUCGCAACGUAAUGUGACUAUUAGCAAAGUGCUUCCACUUGUGAGUUGCUUAAAUAAUAGCAUAACUUCGUACACACCUGAUACUGAAUUGGGGUCAAAAUUAAAAGAUGUAGCAGUUGCUGAAUUAAACAAAAGAUUUGGGAAUAUUGAAAAAUUCUAUUCAUUUCCUAUUGCUACAUUACUUGAUCCUAGAUUUAAGAACCUUCAUUUCAAAGAUCCUGUUGAUUGUUCCAAAGCUAUUACAAAGUUAAAAAAAUUAGUAUGUCAACAUAAUAUAAUAUCAUCUUCUUCUGCAGAUAAUCAACCUGAGGCUGUCGAAAAAAAAUUUGAUUUGUGGGAACGUCAUAAAAAUCUAGCGCAUCAAAAAUCAAAAAAAAAAUCAUCAAAAUCAUCAAAAUCAACAUCUAUAAAUCAGGAAUCAGCACCAGACCAAAUGGUUAUGCAAUACUUAGGAACACCGGUUAUAAAUCUCUCCCAAGAUCCUAUUGAAACAUGGGAAGAAAUGAAGAUGGUGUACCCACAACUGUACAACGAAAGUCAGAAAAUGUUCUGUAUUUUGGCGACAUCAGUUCCAUCAGAAAGGUUGUUCUCUAGGGCUGGAGCCACGUUAUCAAAAGAACGCAACAGGUUGUUGGGAAAAAGGCUGUCAAAAUUACUAUUCUUAAACUCAAUUGAUGAUAAAUACUGGUUUUGA